UAGAGGCAGGAAACAUGGUCCUGAUGUUGGGGGAGUCCAGAACAAGAUACACAGCUAACAAUAAGGGGUAGGCCAUUUAGAACGGAAUUCAGGAAAAACUUUUCACCCAGAGAGUUGUGGAUCUAUGGAGUGCUCUGCUUCAGAAGGCAGUGGAGACCAAUUCUCUGGAUGCUUUCAAGAAAGAGUUAGAUAGAGUUGUUAAAGAUUGCGGAGUCAAGGGAUAUGGGGAGAAGGCAGGAACGGGGUACUGAUUGCGGCUGAUCAGCCAUGAUCACAUUGAAUGGCGGUGCUGGCUCAAAAGGCUGAAUUGCCUGCACCUGCACCUAUUGUCUAUUAUCAAUUGACAAACCCUGAGACCCCACACUCCUGGCAGGAUCCUGACACACUGUGAGACACCACACAUGCCUGACAGGGUCCUGAAACACUGAGACCCCUCACACCGCUAAACAGGUUAACACACUACGAGACUCCACAUAUUUCUGACAGGGUCCUGACACACUGUGAAACACCACACAUGCCGGUUAGGGCGCUGACAACCUUUACGACCCCACAAGCCCUUGACAGUGUCCUGAUACACUGUGGGACUCCAUAUGCCCCUGACAGGAUACUGACACACUGUGAGACCCCACACAUCUGACAGGGUCCUGACACACUGUGAGACCCCACACACCUGACAGGGUCCUGACACACUGUGAGACCCCACACACCUGACAUGUUCCUGACACACUGUGCUCUUCCCAUACAUCCCUGGCAGAGGCCGGACACAGUGCAUAACCCCACAUACCCCGACAGGUUUCGAACACACUUUGAGAUCCCACGCACCCCCCCCCACCCACCCACAGUUCAUGUUCUGAUCAGCAAAUCUGCUGCUUUGUAUUUUGAUUCAGUGAUGGUGGGAGGGGAGGGUGAGCUGUGAUUCCCCGACCUGUUCCUUUGACAGAAUGCCCACCACCUUCUUCUCUAUCUCCAUACGCCACAUCAACACAAGGGAUUAAAAGAUACUUCCUUAGGAGCAAUGAUAUCUGUGGCAGUAGUGAGAUGUUGUCCAGUACGGAACAGUUGGGGGUCAGUAAACUACCAGGGAAAUACUCACCUUCACAGCACAGUUAAUGUGAAAAUGUGAUGAUCUGGUGUUUAUCUGGAACAGGCCUCUCCGUCCAGUCAGCGGUCUGUUAAUCAAAUUUACUUUACUGUACGAACAACCAUUGAUGAAUCCAUCAAUGCAACAGCUCUGAGCUAACUCUGGUGUGCUUAAAUACUGAGUUCUGAGCUGAGGCAUCUAACAGUUUGUCCACUGUCUGUUCCCAUGGAAGAUGUUCAACAGAAACACAAGGAGACUCUGCGGGCAAAAACUGAAACACUGAGAGUGAACACGAUCCUGAUGAGGGAGAAGGUGAAGGUUUUCCAGCUGGUUGAUCGAUACGCUGAGCUCACGGUCAUUUCUACUGUUCGAGAUCGGAGACUGGUGGAGCAUGAGCUGCUGGCAAGAGGCAGAGACCACGAGGAGUGGAGAGAAAAACAUCUCUGCGGAGAGCUGGAGAAACUCCAGAUGGAUCAGUUGUUCCAGAGCAGGUUUUCCCAAACUAACUCCAAAUCUGGGAGUUCGGCAGCAGUGGCCGGAGUCCCGGGGAUCGGGAAAACAACAAUGGUACAAAAGAUUGUUUACGACUGGGCCACGGGGAAAAUAUACCAACAGUUCCAGUUUGUCUUCAGUUUCAAAUUCCGCGAUUUAAACUCCAUUAACUGUAGAAUAAACCUGAAGGAACUGAUUCUGGAUCAGUAUCCUUACUUUGGGAAUAUCCUGAGAGAGGUCUGGAAGAACCCAGAGGGAUCGCUGUUUAUAUUUGAUGGUUUGGAUGAAUUCAAUGACCAAAUUAAUUUUUCUGACCGUCAGAGAGACACGGAAACUCGGUCCACAUGCACAGAUCCAGAUUUCAAGUGCAAGGUGUCUGACAUUGUGUACAGUUUAAUCCAGGGCAAGCUGCUCCCAGGGUGUUCAGUGCUGGUGACCACCCGUCCCACUGCGUUACAUUUAUUGGAAAAGGCUGAGAUCGGUACCGAAGCUGAAAUCCUGGGAUUUUCAGGUGAGGAACGGAAGGAAUAUUUCAUCAGACAUUUUGAAGAUCAGACGGUGGCGGAAGCUGUUUUCAAACACGUGAAGGAGAACGAGAUCCUGUACACCAUGAGCUACAACCCCUCCUACUGCUGGAUCCUCGCCCUGGCACUGGGCCCCUUCUUCACACAAAGAGUCAGGGACCCGCAGCGAGUUCCCAAGACCAUCACCCACCUGUACUCCUACUAUAUUUACAACAUCCUGAAAAACCACGGCCGUGAGAUUGAGAACCCCCGUGAUGUGUUACUCAGGGUUGGUCAGAUGGCCUUCAGAGGAGUGUCCGAGAGGAAGAUUGUGUUUACAGAUGGAGAUUUGAUCAACUACAAACUGCAGCCUUCCCAGUUCCUGUCCGGGUUCCUGAUGGAGCUUUUGGAGAGAGAGGAUUCUGCCCGGAGCGUGGUGUACACAUUCCCACACCUCACCAUCCAAGAGUUUGUAGCUGCAGUCGCACAAUUCCUGAUCCCAGAUGGCAGAGAUAUUACGAAACUCCUCACUGAAGCCCACUGUGUGAAGGAUGGGCGGUUUGAGGUAUUUCUCCGUUUUGUUGCUGGUCUCUCCAACCCAAUGGCAGCUCGGGGCCUGGAGGAGUUCCUGGGUCCAUUUCCUCAUCAAACAACCUGCCGGGUGAUUGACUGGGUGAAGGAGGAGGUUAAACGCCAGAGUGGAAACACAAGGAGUGAAGCUGGUAAAAGGAGCCUCCUGAACACAUUGCACUACCUGUUUGAGUCUCAGAAUCGUGGACUGGCUCAGGCCGCUCUGGGAUCUGUGGAAACACUUUCAUUCAGUGGAAUGACACUGACCCCAAUUGACUGCGCGGUCCUGUCUCAUGUCAUCGGACUCUGUGAUACAAUAAAACACCUCGACCUGGAGAACUGCCACAUUCAGUAUGAGGGAAUACAGCGGCUGGGACCCGGGCUGCACAAGUGCCAGGAGUUGAGACUUGGGCGGAAUGACCUGGGAGAUUCAGGAGUGAAACUGGUGUCUGCGGCUCUGAGGAAUCCGGAGUGUAAAAUACAGAGACUGCGGCUGUACAAUGUCGGUCUCACAGAUUCUGGUGCCGAGGAUCUUGUCUCCCGCUCUCAGUACAAACUCAUCACUAAUGGAGCUGAACCUGGGUGAUAAUAAACUGGAGAUUCAGGAGUGAAACUGGUGUCUGCGGCUCUGAGGAACCCGGAGUGUAAAAUACAGAAACUGUGGCUGAUGAAUGUCGGUCUCACAGAUUCUGGUGCCGAGGAUCUCGCCUCCACUCUCAGUACAAACCCAUCACUGACGGAGCUGAGCCUGAGUGGUAAUAAACUGGGAGAUUCAGGAGUGAAACUGGUGUCUGCGGCUCUGAGGAACCCGGAGUGUAAAAUACAGAGACUGGGGCUGAUCGAUGUCGGUCUCACAGAUUCUGGUGUCGAGGAUCUCGUCUCCGCUCUCAGUACAAACCCAUCACUGACGGAUCUGGACCUGAGAUUAAACUCUCUGACAGACGGAUCUGUCCCCGCUCUCCGCCGCCUCAUACUGACCCUCCCGAGUCUGAAGCUGAUCCUGCUGCGGGGGAAUCAGUUCAGUGAGACCGGGAUGAAGGAACUGAGAUCUCUACAGGAACCCAGACCCGGACUGAGAGUGGAUCUGUGAACAUCUGAAUGUGGGGAAUCGGUUCAGUGAGACCGGGAUGAAGGAACUGAGAUCUCUACAGGAACCCAGACCCGGACUGAGAGUGGAUCUGUGAACAUCUGAAUGUGGUGAAUCGGUUCAGUGAGACCGGGAUGAAGGAACUGAGAUCUCUACAGGAACCCAGACCCGGACUGAGAGGGGAUCUGUGAACAUCUGAAUGUGGGGAAUCGGUUCAGUGAGACCGGGAUGAAGGAACUGAGAUCUCUACAGGAACCCAGACCCGAACUGAGAGUGGAUCUGUGAACAUCUGAAUGUGGGGAAUCGGUUCAGUGAGACCGGGAUGAAGGAACUGAGAUCUCUACAGGAACCCAGACCCGGACUGAUGGUGGAUCUGUGAACAUCUGAAUGUGGUGAAUCGGUUCAGUGAGACCGGGAUGAAGGAACUGAGAUCUCUACAGGAACCCAGACCCGGACUGAGAGUGGAUCUGUGAACAUCUGAAUGUGGUGAAUCGGUUCAGUGAGACCGGGAUGAAGGAACUGAGAUCUCUACAGGAACCCAGACCCGGACUGAGAGUGGAUCUGUGAACAUCUGAAUGUGGGGAAUCGGUUCAGUGAGACCGGGAUGAAGGAACUGAGAUCUCUACAGGAACCCAGACCCGGACUGAUGGUGGAUCUGUGAACAUCUGAAUGUGGGGAAUCGGUUCAGUGAGACCGGGAUGAAGGAACUGAGAUCUCUACAGGAACCCAGACCCGGACUGAGAGUGGAUCUGUGAACAUCUGAAUGUGGUGAAUCGGUUCAGUGAGACCGGGAUGAAGGAACUGAGAUCUCUACAGGAACCCAGACCCGGACUGAUGGUGGAUCUGUGAACAUCUGAAUGUGGUGAAUCGGUUCAGUGAGACCGGGAUGAAGGAACUGAGAUCUCUACAGGAACCCAGACCCGGACUGAUGGUGGAUCUGUGAACAUCUGAAUGUGGUGAAUCGUUUCAGUGAGACCGGGAUGAAGGAACUGAGAUCUCUACAGGAACCCAGACCCGGACUGAUGGUGGAUCUGUGAACAUCUGAAUGUGGUGAAUCGGUUCAGUGAGACCGGGAUGAAGGAACUGAGAUCUCUACAGGAACCCAGACCCGGACUGAGAGUGGAUCUGUGAACAUCUGAAUGUGGUGAAUCGGUUCAGUGAGACCGGGAUGAAGGAACUGAGAUCUCUACAGGAACCCAGACCCGGACUGAGAGUGGAUCUGUGAACAUCUGAAUGUGGUGAAUCGGUUCAGUGAGACCGGGAUGAAGGAACUGAGAUCUCUACAGGAACCCAGACCCGGACUGAUGGUGGAUCUGUG